AUGAAGCCCACUAAUCAUGAUCAAGCCGCUUACUUUGGAGGCGCACAUAAAGCUAACCUGCCUCAAAUUAAACUGCACACCUUCCAGGGUUCCUACAACGAAUGGGAUUCGUUUAAGGACCUGUUCACCUCGCUGGUGAUAAAUGAAGAUUCGCUGACCGGGUCUCAAAAAAUGCAUUACCUGAAGACGCAGAUAAAAGGUGAAGCUGCUGCUCUACUCGCUAACCUACAGGUCACGGAUGAAGCUUUCCAACCUGCUUGGAAUUUGCUGAACACUCGCUACACUAAUCCACGCAGAUUACUCGAUAUGCAUAUCGAUGAUUUGCUGGAUCGUCAACUGGUGACUUCACACUCCGCUGCUGAUCUGGAUGCGCUGCUACACGCUAAUGAAAAAACGCUGGACGCCAUCGCUGCUUUGGGGAUUCCAACUGGUGAGUUGGACCCUUUUUUAAUUCGACUAACUGUUCGUUGCUUGCUAUCAGAUAUACGUGUUGAAUGGAUGGCUUCGCUUGGGUUAUCCAAUGAGUUUCCCACUUACCAACAACUGCACGACAUGCUGAAAGCGAAGGUUCGUGCGAGGGAAAACUCUGAAAUUCGUGCGAAGAUAACCGCGAAUCAAGCUAAGGGUGUGGUUGAGAAACCCCCACCCAAGUCUUACGCUAAGUCAGCCGCAACAAACAAACAAGUGAAGUUUGUGAACAGUCGAUCCGCGUCCUCAUCAACACCAUCUUCUAGUUCCGCUAGCUACGUUGCUUUCACUCCGAAAGAUCGUACGAGCGAACCUAGCAUGUGCCCGAUCUGCAAGGAGAAACACUUUGUUCUCUUUUGCCCCAGCUACCAGAAGGCGUCGCCACUGAAUAGAAGAACGAUCGUCCAGCAUUAUCGUCUCUGUUUCAACUGUUUGGGACGCCACCGCUACGCUGACUGCAGAACUAAGCAGAAGUACCGCCAUUGUGAUCAGCCACAUCACACGUCAACGCACAUUGACAACGGUGCUGCCGCUAAACCAGUACAGGAAGCUCUUGUAGCUGACCCGAGCAACAAAUAG